AUGGCAUCGUCGGAACAAACAAAUGAAGUGCAGGGACAAAUUUUUACCGCAAAUCUGUAUAAUGCGGAAGAAGCAGGAAAUGCCCAUUUAGAGGAUGCAACAAUUAUGCACGAGAUAGUAAUUAAUGAAUCGAACUCAUCGAUGGAAGAUGAAUCUUCUUCUCUUGUUGCAAAAUGGCAGAAAAUGAUUGAGAAAGUAAGAAAGGUAGAAAACAGAGGCGGAAAUGCUGUAGAAGUCAUAUCAAAGAGGGCGUUGAUGAAACAAAGAAAAAAUGAAGUACAAAGUUCUGCUGGCAGGAAAAAUAAUACUUAUAAGAGUACGAUUUUUUAA